AAGUGACUUGGGAUCCUUCAGAAUGUCAAUAACGCCAGGAAAACCCAGAAUAUCAGGUAUUCCGACUCCUGGAAAGUCUAGCGGCAUCCCUACUCCAGGCAGAUUUCGUUCUUCUUCAUCCGCCAAUUCCCAACCCGCCUUUGACUCAGAUGUGGAGUUCAUGUCCCGUGCAUUCGCAAACGCGAUCAAGGCCAAUGAUCCUGCACAGCAUCGCGCCAGCACUACUUUGAAUACUUCCUCUUCGUCAUCUUCUCCAAAUUCAAGUUUGGUGACAUUGCAAUCAGGCCGUCGUUCUGUAACUGGUCGUCCUCCCUCGGUUGCUUCAACUUCUGCAUUUGCACAGAGUAGAACAAAGACUCCAGGACCACGCGCUCCAAGCAGACAAUCGGAUGUUUUUACUCGUAGCGUAAGCCGAGCCGGGAAAACAUUCGAAGUAGGAGACAGUGUCAGGAUAGAGUCUUUGGGGUUCGAGGGCUGCCUAAGGUAUAUAGGAGAGAUCGACGGUAAAUCUGGCUUGUGGGCAGGGGUCGAACUUAGUGGAGGUUUUUUAGGCAAAGGAAAGAAUGAUGGAUCUGUCGGGGGGAAACAGUACUUUGUGUGUCCUCCAAAUUGCGGUGUAUUCGUUGCUACAGCGAAGCUCUCUGCUCCCACAAUACCUUCUAGCUACCGGCCUCCCUCAGUCGCCUCAUCUUGCGGAGGUCGUAUAACACCCUCCUUUUCUGGCAGAGUCACUCCCUCACAUUCACUAUCUUUUGGAAGUGGACGCAUCACCCCGUCCAAUCUCUAUAGCCGCUCAAAUGCUGGCACAACUCCUGCAGCUCGUAAAACAAAGCCGAUCCCACAAAUAGGCUUGUCACAAUCGCCAAGCAGACCUGGAUUAGACACUCAAAUCACCUCAGGUUCGAGAGCCUCCAAAUAUAUUGGUCUCACAGCCAAACAAUUGAAAGCCAAUGGCGAUAGUACCUCGGAGUAUACUCUUCGUUCUCCAUCUUCGCCAUCACGCGGACCCCCAGUUGUUGAUUUGAAUAUACACCCUUCGGAUUCUCCAUUUACUACACCAAAGGCUGGUGCUACUCCUCGUGCCCCCAAUGUGUACAGCGGCGCACUUACCCCCGGCCUCAAAGGCCGCACGUCUCUAAAUACCCCGCGCCCAAGGAUACCCAGCGCAAUUGCUAUGCCACCUCCAGCUUCACCUGCCCGAUCAGCAUCCUUUACGUCUGCUUAUUCGUUAAAUGAUGGUCCCGACCUCGCACAUGAGGACCCAAUGUCACGCGUUCAGCUGCGUUCUUCAAUGGAUCUGACUGCUUCUUCACAGGCUUUGCAAGAUAAAAUCAACCAACUCCUUUCAGGGCAGUCUAUUUCAUCACCCAAGACCAGUGGCCCUAGUUCGUCUCGGCCGUCCUCAGUUGCCUCCCUUCGAUCUGCUUUUCCCGACAAUGAUUCACAAAAGGACCAUCUGCAUUCCCGCCUAGAAUCUCUUGAGCGCGAGAAUGCUUCUCUUAGUAAUGCCGCUGACGCGGCCCGUGCAGACGUCGCGCUAGUCCAAGCACUCGAAUCUGAGCGCGAUGCAGCUCUCGCCUCUGUUUCCUCUAUAGAGAACCAACUCCGCACUCUCGAGCGUAAACUCACCGAACGAGAUUUGAAGACUGAAUCUCUCGAACGCGCCGCGCUGAAAACGGCGUCUGAACUGGAACGCGUCAAGAACGAGAACGAGGCUCGUGUCGCAGACCUGCAGGCCAAACUUGACACGAGCGAGUCACUCAUCAAGAGUCUCAAAGAGGCAAUCACGGUGAAAGAAGGCGUCGAGCACGAUAGGGAUGCACUACUUAAGGCUAAAAACGAUGAAAUUAGGCUUUUAGAAGAUCGAUUAGAGAAGGUGUCGGGCGAGUUAGAGGCGGACAGAAAAGAAUUAAAUGCGCAGAUUGAUGAACUCCGUCAAGCUGGCCAGGAAACAAUUGCGUUAUACGAAGAACGUCUCAGCACGGCAGAUUCGCGCCGGUAUGAGCUUGAGGACCGGGUCGUAUUUCUCGAGGACCAAGUCAAGAAAGCCUCAACCCCUCUGUCUCCAAGCGCCGUCCUCCAACGCGCCACCUCCGCUGCUGAAAUUGACAAUGAGAAUCUUCGCGAGCAAGUGCAACACUUGCAACGCAAGCUUGCAAUGUUAGAGGACUCUCUGGAAGAUGCUCAUGCGAUAUCUGAACGGGAGGAAGCUGCCGUGCGUGAGCGAAUCAAACGGUUCAAGGACAAGGAGGAUGUGAUGCGAAUCGAACUCAAUGAGGGGCGCAAGACUGUUGAACAGGUUCUCAAAGCCGAGGCUCUCGCUAAAGGUCGUGUCGAAGAGGUCGAGGAAGCCUUGCGAGAAAGUACUCUUGCGCUCGAAAACGCCCAGGCAGAAAUCGAAAAUCUGAGAUCCGAUAUUGCUGUUGCUAGACUGGAAAUCAACGGUGUUCCCGAGUCACAAAAACUCAAAGCUGAUGAGUGCGCGCGCCUCGCAGGGGAGAUUCAAGAGCUGCGUGACGAACUCGAUCAAUUGCGGUCAUCUGCAACAGAAUUUGCAUCGGCCUCCUCAACAGCUGAUGACAAUGACAAUUGGCAAGCGAAGUACGAGCAAGUGCAAAAGGAGGUGCUUGUUUUGCGCAAGAGUCUCGAGGAGCGUGCUUCGGAGCUCGACACUAUGAAGAAGAAACUUAACCGCGACAUUCCUGUCAAUGGCAUCCAGGAGCCUCCUAGGACACCUACCUCAUCUAAGCAGCAGGAAUCUGCUGAAGUAAUGGGUUUCAAACAUAUUAUUCAAGACUUGCAACAGGAGACUUCAGCAGUGACUCAGCGAAAUAAGUUACUGGAAUCUGAGAACAGACUCUUGAUGUCAGAGACCGAUCAACUUCGCCAGGAACUGAAAUUACUGGAAGAGAACAUCGAACAGGGUUUGUUGCGUGAAGAGGCUGCUCUUGAAACGCACAGCACACCGGCAUCUGGCGACGAACAGAUGGCUAGGUUGGAAAAUGAACUGGAACAGUUGCGCAAACGUUUAACUGAAGCUGAGAUGAAGACCGCUCGUGUCACACAUGACCUGAAUAAAGAGAUUGGUGAGCUAGAGGCGCUCGUGGAGUCAAAGAUCUAUCGCGAAGAUGAACUCGAGCAAGAGCUCGAGCGUCUUAAAGAGAAGUUGUCGCGGAACAACAACAAGAAGUCGUCAAAGAAUUGCCUCGAACCAACAGAUUUACCUCAUCGCAGGCGUUCACCCACGCCAAACAUCAAUCGAAGUUGUAGCGAAGACGUCUGUGAGAUCUGUGAGAGACCGGGGCAUGACAUCUUCAGUUGCGACCUUUUGCGAGACGAGACGCCCCCUGUCAAGAAGACAAAUGGAGAUCCGUCAGACUUGUUUUGCGUUGACUGUGAGGGACACGGGCAUGUAGCUGCUGAUUGUCCACACUCGUUGGAUGUCUUUUGAAUUUUGUUGAACCUGGAUCAUCACCUACAUUAGUAAUCUGUCAUUUCACUAUGACGCAGUGAAGUGACGUCAUACUGCCUCCUGCGUUCCAAAAACAUGAGACGUCCUUGUCUUUUAGUUUCUGA